AUGCUGUCUGUGAGGGACGUGGACCUGAUGCAGGUCCUGGUGGAGAACAGGCUGUCUUCACCAUGGCAACCCCGGCAUGGGGAGGUGGUCCGGGAGCUGCUGCUGCUCUCUGUAGGCUGGUCGGCUCUGGACUACGCUCUGAACAUCAACGGCCCCCAGAAAGAUGACAUCGUACAUAUGCUUCUGAAGGUCCUCACAAAAACAGAGGGUUCUCCUGGGCCAUGCCUCCCCCUGGACCGGCACAGUUCCUCGGAGCUACGAUCGGAGCGUGAGGGUUCCGGCCCCGAGGAGCCUGCUUCAGGUCAGCCAACAGACGGACGUCCCGGCUCCCCGCGGACCACCCCUCGACACUCAGAGGGGGAAUUGUUACAGACCUCAGAAGGAAAUCCACAUUCUCACCACAACAAAAUGAAUCGCCAGGAUAAGAGGCUGCCCUUCUGUUUCCAGAUCGCCAUGGAAACCCAGAGCGACAUCAGGCAGACCGACCAGGACGCAGAAAGAGGGAGCAGAGGCAGGGGUUCAUCUCUGCCAAGCCUGAGCGAGUGGAAUAAACCUGCGGUGGGUCAGAGAGAGUCUGGCACCCGCUCUACCAGGAGCAGGAGCCCCAGCAUGCCUGGAACCCCAAAGCAAGAGCACUUGGAUGGCAGCAGCAGCAGGAAACAGAGUCAGGUCUCUGGGUCCCCCAGGCCGGUCUCUGGGUCCCCCAGGCUUGUCCUUGGGCCCCAGCAGCAGACCAGUUGCCUGCUGAGCCAGUCGGCCCCCAGCGUCAUGGUCCCCCUGCUGGACUCCAACACGCUGCUCCUAGCCAGAGCACAUAUCCACACGCGACUUGGCUCUCACGAGAACGACAGGAACGGGACCGGAAGAAAUAGCUCCAUGCCUGCCCCUCCUCCUCACAUCCUCCCUCAGCUCUUAGCCCCCUUGGAAGGUCGCACCAAAGGGCCCAUGUUGGUUCCUCAGCUCCUCCACCCCAUGCCGCUGAAGCCCAUCAGGGGCACGCCCAGCAGGAACCUCAGGACUCUGCUGAGGAGAGAGCGUCUGUCUCGGGGCUCCGGCCCCACCACUAGGGGGGGCAGCGAGGAGAGCUCCAGCAGCAGCAGCAACCAGAGUUCCAUCGAUCUGGAUGAUGAGGUGGAAGAAGUAGAGAGGGACUUGACGUCAACGUACUUCCUCAAGGCUGAUGCUGUCGGGAGGGGAAUCAGGGCGAAAACAUCAGGGGAGCGUUUGCACCUUGUCAGACACGGGGCAAUGGUUCACAGCCUUCCCAAUGUGCUUGAUCGAGACCCAAUCGGUGAGACAAGAGACUCUAUUGACAUUGGUAAACCACUGAUGUCGGACAGCAUAAGGGUGGGUGUUAUUACCGGACAAGAGGUAUUUGAGAAUGAGCUUGAACAAUUGGACUCUGAAAGGGAAGACCGGAUGAUCAACCUUUGUGUGGAAAAUGAGAUGCAUCAUCAGAUCCGAUCCUAUCCCAAUGAGGAGUAUACAAGCCCAGCAUGCAUUAAAGGAACUGCAAAAUACAUAAACUGUGACCCGGAUGACCGGUACUCAGAAAGGCAAUGUAGGCUUGGAGAUGGACGUGAAGUUGUGGUUCCAUCACUUGGGAAGAACCCUCAUCAAUCGGUGAACGGUUUCCUAGGAGACGGUGAAGAAGUGAAGCCUUGUACGGUAAUGACCAGUGCCACUAUUGCUGUAGUCGAGAGGGGUCAAUAUCCAACGACAACCGUCAACCUCACUCAAAAAAACUGCCAGAGAGACUUCAUGACGUCCCCUGUGAAACCUGUAAAGACUAAAGAGAGACAAACAAACGGGAAAAUGAGAAACAGAGCUACAAAUUCCCAAUUCCCUCAAUCCUUUGGCAUACUCAAUGGGAGCAAGUCCAAGCUGGAUCCCAAGACUAACUCAGUUUCUGCAACACAAGUGAAAACUAGGGUCAGAAAAAAACCCAACUUGGUUAUAAACGGAGAGGCAACGGUCAGUAGUGUUAAAUCCAAACCAAACUCAGUCGAAGUGGCUCAGCAGAACGCUGACACGCCGGUGGCCAGCGAGUCCGUCACAGGGUGCUAUCCGACCUAUAGCAAAGGUCCAAACUCUGACAGGUCCAAUGAGAAAGGACCUCACGUGAUACCUGCGGCCAGGGAGCUGAGAAGUGCACCACAGCCCAAGAGAACCCCGGUGGUGGUGCCCAGUCCGAGGUCCAAGUCUGUGGUGGACCUCAUCACCUACAAGGACAUGUUCCAGACCAUAAACAGAGGGGACGACGGGCCGGUCAUCUACGAGAUGUUCGCCGGCCCGAUGUUCGACAAGCUGAGAAUCUCUGCUUCUUGCGACAAACCCAAGGUGGGAACGGUGUCCAUGCCACCCAGAAAGUCCCAUCAAACCUUCAAAGUGAAAAAGCAGCCCUUGAAGAAACCAGUGGAGCACAGAAAGCUGAGGAGAAGCCCGGCGGAGAAGAUGGUGGUUUCGUCCACCGGCAAGAGGAAAGCGGUGUCGGCGUCGAAGGUUGAACCCUGUCUGACUGCUGGUCAGGGAAAGGAUCCACACAAAAUGGAGGAUGUUCCUAAACUGGGUUUGCAAACACAGCCUGAGUCUUUUCUGACCGAGGAAAGUGAGGAAGAGGAGGAGAAGUAUCUUGAGCCCUCUUCGGACCGGGGAAGGGAUCGAAUGAUGUCCGUUAUUCAGGAGGUGCAAUCUGGAUAUGGAUCUGAAACACUCAAACCAGACCAACUGUCGUCAGCUCGACGGAUGCAGCGGGAGCGAUCUUCUCGCCGCCAUGAUAUCGAAGACCUUCAGGACGGCCAUGAACUAAAUCCACACAAUCGAAGGACUUCAUCGGCCCACAGCAGUAGAAGCAGAGACGGAGGAGAGACAUACCAUCAGGUUCCUGAGCCUGUGCGAUCUCAAAGCCCACAGCAAACAAAGAUCAACUCCCGGACCUCUCACAGAAGCAACGGCACCAUCUCGCCCGUGUACAGAGAAUGCCUGGAUGAAGUGGGGGAGGGGCCAAUGACGGAUGAGCUUCUGAAGUGUCUCGCACAGGAGCUGAUCUCAUUGGACGAGACAGACACUUCCAUAGGUCCCUCUCCGAUCUUUCAACCGUUCGGCAGCAGAGGAAAAGGGGAGGGUCCAGGAAGGCCAAAACAGAAAAUGCCAGAGCAGAUAUCUUCGACGCUGGACUCAGUGGUGGAGGACACCAUCACCUGGACCAAAGGAGAGGUUCUGGGCCGGGGAGCCUACGGAACGGUCUUCUGUGGCCUGACUAACCAGGGUACACUGAUAGCGGUGAAGCAGGUGAGCCUGGACACGUCAGAGCCCGCGGCGGCGGACAGAGAGUACGGCCGUUUGCAGGAAGAGGUGGAGCUGCUGAAGAACCUGACCCACGCCAACAUCGUAGGGUUCCUGGGGACCUCGCUGCGGCAGCACAUGGUGUCCAUCUUCAUGGAGUAUGUCCCUGGGGGCUCCAUCGCCAGCGUCCUGCACAGGUUCGGCCCCUUACCCGAGCACGUCCUGUCGCUCUACAGCCAUCAGAUCCUGGAGGGCGUGGCCUACCUCCACCUGAACCGCGUGAUCCACCGCGACCUGAAGGGCAACAACAUCAUGCUCAUGCCCACCGGCGUGGUCAAGCUCAUAGACUUCGGCUGCGCCCGGCGCCUCAGCCGCCUCAACCCCAGCAGCAGCCACAGCGCCGACCUGAUCAAGUCCGUCCACGGCACUCCCUACUGGAUGGCCCCGGAGGUCAUUACCGAGUCAGGGUACGGCAGGAAGUCGGACAUCUGGAGUGUGGGGUGUACGGUGUUUGAGAUGGCGACCGGGAAGCCCCCGCUAGCCCACAUGGACAAGCUGGCCGCCCUGUUCUACAUCGGAGCCCAGAGAGGGUCCAUGCCCUCGCUUCCCGACGGCUUCUCACGCCACGCCAGCAGCUUUGUCGACGUCUGCCUCACCAGUGACCAGAAACUGCGACCCUCUGCGGAACAGCUGCUGAAACACCCGUUCAUCCCCAACAAGACCCGGGAGAACUCUCCGGAAACUCAGAGGAGGCCCUGCUGUGCCGCCCAUCCAGAUGGAUUCUGUCAUUGGUAGACGGACCGCUACGACAGAGGAUGUGCUAUGGGUAGAUGACCCACGACGAAGAAAGUGGUGUUAUCUGUUGACAGACCGUUUGACGGAAUUUGUGUCACUGUUAAGACACAUCGUUCCGAUGGGAGUUGUGUUAUCGGUAGACAAGACCGUUAUGACGUAAGUUGCGUUGCCGUUAAGACACAUCGUUCCGACGGAAGUUGUGUUAUCGGUAGACAGAUCGUUACGUUAGUUGUGUUAUCGGUAGAAGGAUCGUUUCGACGGUAGUUGUGUUAUCGAUAGACGGAUUGUUAUGAUGGCAGUUGUUUUAUCGGUAGACAGAUCGUUACUACAGAGGUUGUGCUAUCGAAAGAAGGAUAAAUAGACGAUGACGAAGGAAGUUAUGUUAUUGAUAGAAUACACUGGUAUGACAUGACACUUUCGGGCCCUAUAUUACCACCAGGUCCACCAAGAUAUGAUUGAUAAAUCAACCUACCAGCCUACUGUUAAGUGUUUUAUAAAUAAUUUUCUGUCAGGAUAAACUGAGGUCCGAAAUUCACAUGAAAGUGAGUCAGAUAUAGCGCACUUUGUAUGUUAUUCAUGGUUAACAAUUGAAAGAUCCGACCUGCUUUGAAUGUUAAGUUGACUUAAAUUCCCCUCUGCAUUAUCUGUGCCAACUAUUUAAAACCACUUGAUAUUGUGUACUUAUAAAUUAAAGUGUACAUUUUGUACAUCUUAAAUCCCUGGAUGAACACUGUUUUUUAGAGCAGACACUAUCGCAGCCAAUACUUAUAUUGUUAACAUAACUCAACCCAAGUCUCCACGUCUUACGACUGACAUGUAGGCCUACUUAUGUACCGAGACCUUUAAGGAGAGCAGCGGCACAAUGAAGACACACAAUGAAUAUCUUGUGUUUUAAUGCAUCUUUAAAAAAGGUACCUUUGCCGUGUGAUUGUAUUACUCAAUUAAAGAUGGUUGAAGUUGGAUAAUGAAUGUCGAAAAAGGUCUACUGCACUUCGUUUGCUUUAUCAAAAAGCUUUUUAUUUUUCCGUGGCCAAGUCGCUUGCCCCAGGGAACAACCAAGAGUUGAACCUCUCGCUAAAUCAGGCCAUCAGCAAAACAAAUCUACAAAUGCAAAACAACUUGAAAACAAUAUUUUCUGAGAUAUUACUUGUAAUAAAUGAAAUAAUGACCAGAAAUUAACCUUUUCUUUUUACAGUGCAGGUAGGUGAAUGGUAAGAUUUUGUCUCAUUAGGGUUUGCAUACGGUCACUGUAUAAUAACACUGAUACACAGAUCACAUAGACCUGGUUCACACUGUUUAGGUUUCACUAAUCUAACCACUAAUGUACAGGCAAAGGGCUCAAUUGAUGUGAGCAUUUUUUUUUCUUUUUAAAUGCACUUGAAAGCAAGAGGGAAAUGUAAACUUGUAUAGCACUAUUAAUCAAAAUAUUUUAAACAUUAUUCUGAGGCAGGGCCUUUGGCAUUCAGCUUAAGGUUUUCUUGGAGAUUAAAAAAGAAAAUAUAAAUUGCAUCGCAUCGAAGUGUCAAGAUAAGUGUUGGAUGUGCCCAUGUGGCCCGAGGGAUUCCCUGGGGAUUUGGCGCCCCCUUCAGGCCGUGAAAUAAACUACAGGCUCUGGGAAGCACACAUACACAACAGCGGAAUGCUGCAAUCGCCUGACAAACGCCUGAUUCCAACAGUAUGCUUUUUUUUUUUUUUAAAGGUAUAUAGACAUCUUGUUAUACUUACAAGCAGCUCCAAACCUGAGUAGUCAUUUUGUAGAUAUAUCUAUCCAUCUUAUACACAUUUGUCUUUAAACAUACAACAACGUAUGUACACUUAUCUCCACCAUCGCUGUAAACACGAGUCAGUUCUGCUUUGAAAUCCCUUUGGAGGUUGAAACAUGCAGAGCAUACGUACAGUAUCUAAGUAGAAAAUAUGAUAAGUGAGGAGGAAAGAACUGAAUGAAGUUGAGCGAAGGCAACACUAAAAAAUAAAGAACAAUUUCAACAAACUAAAAAAUAUAUAAAAUAAAUGGGAAAAGCGGAAACCAAACUGAACUUUUCCCAGAACCUUUACGUUCUCGACGUUCCUCACAGUUGCAGUCAUGCUGAUCAACUAAAUUAUACAUUUCAAAGAAGAUUUGAAGAAGUGAAGAAUGGAGAAAUGUCACUCUGUCUUUCCAGUAUUAACACUUUCACCUUUACCCCACAUAUUUAGUGAAACCAGUCCCCAGUUUGUGGAAAAUGAACACUCACACUCCAACGCACCCACAUCCAUUCAGGCUAUGGGGAACAAAGCAGCAAUUUCACAUACUUGGAGUA